AUGGUCGGUCUCGGUCCUCGCAAGCCACCAUCCCGAAAGGGGUCUAUGGCCGACGUGCCUAAAGAUCUUCUCUCCGAAAUCAAGAAAUUAGAAGAGCAGUUCACUGUUGAAACGCCUAAGCUUAAGGAGAUCACGAAGCACUUCGUAUCUGAGCUUGCAAAGGGUUUGAGUGUAGAGGGUGGCAGUAUUCCAAUGAACCCAACUUGGGUUAUGGAUUUCCCAGAUGGAUCCGAGACAGGAACUUACUUGGCUCUAGACAUGGGUGGUACCAACCUCCGUGUCUGUGAGAUUACCUUAACGGAUAACAAGUCGGAGUUUGAUAUCAUUCAGUCAAAAUACCGUAUGCCCGAAGAGCUAAAGACCGGCGACUCCGACGAGCUAUGGGAGUACAUUGCCGACUGUUUGAAACAGUUUAUCGAAACUCAUCACGGUGAGGUUCCGGAGUCACAGGGGAAGAUCCCGCUUGGUUUUACCUUCUCAUAUCCCGCCACUCAGAACUACAUCGAUGAGGGCAUCCUACAGCGAUGGACCAAGGGGUUUGAUAUCAAUGGCGUCGAAGGCCAGAAUGUUGUACCGAUGUUAGAAGCUGCACUGGACCAACAGGGUGUCCCUAUCAAAGUCUCGGCUUUGAUUAACGACACAACAGGAACCCUGAUUGCUUCCGCUUACACCGACCCGAAGAUGGCUAUUGGAUGCAUUUUUGGAACUGGCUGCAAUGCGGCAUAUAUGGAGAAUUGCGGCUCCAUCCCAAAGUUGGCCCAUAUGAACCUGGACCCGAACUUGCCGAUGGCUAUCAAUUGCGAAUGGGGCGCCUUUGAUAACGAACACAAGGUCCUCCCUCGCACUCCUUAUGAUAUCAUCGUUGACAAGGAAUCCCCUCGACCAGGCCAACAAGCCUUCGAAAAGUGCAUCGCCGGUCUUUAUCUUGGCGAAAUCUUUCGCUUGGUCUUAGUUGACUUGCAUGAUAACAAGGAUGUUCAUAUUUUUGAGGGACAGGAUAUCAAAUACCUCCGAAAAGCCUACACUCUUGAUUCGUCCUUCCUCUCAGCUAUCGAAGAUGAUCCUUUCGAGAACUUACAAGAGACUGCAGACUUGUUCCAUGAGAAGCUCCACUUAACCUGCACUCGUCCCGAACUUGAGCUAAUCCGUCGAACUGCUGAAUUGAUCGGCACACGUGCGGCUCGUCUGUCGGCUUGUGGAGUUGCUGCUAUUUGCACCAAGAAGAACCUUCAGCCUUGCCACGUGGGCGCUGACGGCUCUGUAUUCAACAAAUACCCGCAUUUCAAGGCACGAGGCGCACAAGCUCUCCGAGAGAUUCUCGACUGGCCGGCUAAGAAGAACUUUAAAGAGGAAGACCCGGUCGAGAUCCUCGCCGCCGAAGAUGGAAGUGGUGUCGGCGCUGCUGUUAUUGCCGCUCUCACGCUGAAGAGAGUGCAGAAGGGUAACCUUGCUGGUAUUCUUCACCCCGAAAAUUUUAAAUGA